CCGUCACUUCCCGGCGCGCCGGCGGUGGGCGGAGUUUGGGGGGGGGCCGCCAUGCAGCUCCAGCGCCGCCCCCGCCUCGGCGGCCCGCAGCGACCGGGAGUCCCGUAACAGCAACCAGCAGGGAGGGGGGGGCGGCGAGAGACCCCGGGAUGUGCAGGCUGCCUGCAGGCACACGGAUGGCGGCCGCCCCGACCCUUGAGGGACUGCAGGCUGCCCCACACAUCUGGCUGCCGUGGUAAGGAAGGGGCGUCCCAGCAUUGCUUUGGAUCCUGCCUUGCUCCCAGCACGGCUUCCAUCAUGAACGGGCUGUCCAUCAGCCAGCUGUGCUGGCUGUUCUGCUGCCCGCCAUGCCCCAGCCGCAUCGCUGCCAAGCUGGCCUUCCUGCCCCCGGAGCCCACCUACGCCGUGGUCCCUGAGCCGGAGCCCAUCGGCAGCACCAGCACCGGGUCCCUCCGAGGCGGCGCUGCGGGGCGGUGGAAGCUUCAUUUGAAGGAUCGGGCUGAUUUCCAGUAUUCCCAACGGGAGCUGGACAACAUUGAGGUGUUUGUCACUAAGAGCAGCCGAGGGAACCGCAUCGGUUGCAUGUACGUCCGCUGCGUGCCAGGAGCCAGGUACACGGUGCUCUUCUCCCACGGUAAUGCUGUGGACCUGGGCCAGAUGUGCAGCUUCUACAUUGGCCUUGGUUCCCGCAUCAACUGCAACGUCUUCUCUUACGACUACUCUGGCUACGGCGCCAGCACGGGGAAACCCUCAGAGAGGAACCUCUACUCCGACAUCGACGCGGCGUGGCAGGCACUGCGGACACGGUACGGGAUCAGCCCGGAGAAUAUCAUUUUGUAUGGACAGAGCAUUGGCACGGUACCCACCGUUGACCUGGCGUCCCGCUAUGAGUGCGCUGCCAUCGUGCUCCACUCCCCGCUCACCUCCGGCAUGAGAGUCGCCUUCCCCGAGACCAAGAAGACCUACUGGUUCGAUGCCUUCCCCAACAUUGAGAAGAUCUCCAAAAUCACCUCUCCCGUCCUCAUCAUCCACGGUACUGAGGAUGAAGUCAUCGACUUCUCCCACGGCCUGGCUCUGUUUGAACGCUGUCCUAAAGCCGUGGAGCCGCUGUGGGUGGAUGGAGCUGGGCACAAUGACAUUGAACUCUACAGCCAGUACCUCGAACGCCUUCGGAAAUUCAUCUCCCAGGAGCUGGCCAGCCAAUGCAACUAGCUGCAGGAGGAUGGGGCAGGCUGGGGGUUGUCGUGUUUGUCCAGUGCUCCCAGUGCUCCCAGUCGCUGCUGCUGGAGGCACGUUGGGUUUCUGCAUCACCCGGUGCUGCUGGCAUCUCAGCUGGGCAGGCAGGAUUGGGCAGCUUGCUCCAAGCAGAGCAGAGUCCCUCCUGAUGGUGAAUCUUCAUCUUCGGACACAUCCUCGUCCCAUCUCCUGAAACAACAAACUGUUGAAUUCCUCCCGGCUGCUCUGCUGCUCCCACUAUAGCAAUAAGGCGAGUUGGGCUGGGAGCAGCCGUGGGGUGAGCCUGUCCCCCGUGUCACUGCGUGGCAAAGGAGGGCACAGCUCCUUCUGUGCUGGUGUUGCAGGAGAUGCCCAGUGCUGCUCCCUGCAUGGGGCAGAGCUGUGACCCCGAGGGGAGGUUGGGGAUGCGUGGAGGAGGUGCCCCCCUGCUCUGCCUUCAUGGAGCACUGCCUGUGUUCAGGUCUCUCUGUGACACUCCUUCCUUCCCUCUCCGUCCCCUCAGAGUGGGGUGAGGAAACCAGGCACCAAAUAAAGAGCUGAGGUUUAGAAUUUUA